GUACAUUCAGUAUAACGCGCGUCGCGCCAAGCGCUUGACGUCCUCGAAGUUACGCGUUUUCGCGCCAAAACGCGCUCAACUUUCCGAAUGUGACAGCUCGAAUCUGACAGCUCUGUGUUUACUUUUAAUUUCAAAAAUAUGUGGCCAGUUUGAAAACCAAAAAGUUUUUGUGUGCAAGUUCUCCAUGGUGUUUUUGUUAUGUGCGAUGGCGUAAUCCACGGACGGCGAUAACUCACGGAGGUCUCUCACUCACCGCAAGACGAACGAACGGCGAUCAAGUGAAUGAAGUGAAGUGCGAUAAAAGUCGAAAAAGUGAUAAGUGCUGUGUGAAGUGAAGUGAAGUGACUAGAAGUGGAACGUGUAUGAUGUGUUCAGAGUAUGGAUGAGACCAAAACCAUACACAAGACCUGCGUGAGGGUCAACUCGGCUGAUGAUGACGAGUCGAGGGACGAGGUCGACCAUGACUUACCAAAGAAGAAUCCUUUUGUGCGGGGCUCGGACCCUCGCGUGGCGACGUGCCGCGGCCGCCUGCAGACGCGCCGGUGCCAACUCAACCAGGAGAUCAACAAGGAGUUGCGUCUCCGAGCUGGUGCAGAGAACCUAUUUAAGGCCACGACGAACAGAAAGCUCAGGGAGACGGUGGCACUCGAGCUCAGUUUCGUGAACUCAAACCUCCAGCUCUUGAAGGAGCAGCUGGCUGAGCUCAACUCCUCGGUUGAGCUGUACCAAAGUGACAGCAAAGAAUGCGUGAUGCCGAUGAUCCCCCUGGGCCUGAAGGAGACAAAGGAGGUGGACUUCAGGGAGCCGUUCAAGGACUUCAUCAUGGAGCAUUACAGCGAGGACCCGGCCACGUACGAGGAUGCCAUAUCAGACUUCAUGGAUAUGAGACAGGCUAUGCGAACGCCAGUCCGCUCCACCGCGGGGGUGGCGUUGCUGUUCAAGUACUACAACCAGCUGUACUACAUCGAGAGGCGGUUCUUCCCCCCGGACCGAUCUCUCGGCGUCUACUUCGAGUGGUUCGAUUCGUUAACAGGAGUCCCAUCGUGCCAAAGAACAGUGGCUUUCGAGAAAGCUUGUGUCCUGUUCAACAUGGCUGGAAUCUACACACAAAUUGGCGCUAAACAGGACCGAAACACAUGUGCAGGCCUGGACGGCGCGGUGGAUGCGCUGCUCCGCGCCGCCGGCACGUUGCGGUAUAUCCACGAGAACUUCACGAAUGCACCCUCUGUGGACCUGGCUGCGGACACCUUGCUGGUACUGGGGGCGCUCAUGACGGCCCAAGCCCGCGAGUGCCUAUUCGAGAAGCUGCAGCUGCAAGCGCGCGAGGCGUGCGGGCGCGAGCGCGAGCUGCGCGACGACCUCGACAUGUGCCUCGACCUGGCGCAGGAGAGCGCGCAGCUGGCGCACACCUACACGCAGCUCUACGAGAAGAUGCAAUCCGAGGGUGUGUUCAACUACGUGCCAUACUCGUGGGUCUCCCUGGUCCACGUCAAGACUGAAUAUUAUAAAGCGCUAGCGCACCAAUACUGUGCAACUGGUUUGCUGAACGCGCCAUCUGGUGUCAGGGCGCGGGAACGGCUCGCGGCUCUAUACUCGCCAGGCGGGGAUAGAAACGUCGACAACGGCUCAGCCAACCCUCCCUCGCUGAAGGACCAGGAGUUGGACUACAUGGCGCUGGGACGAGCUCACCUGGUGGAGGCACUGGCCUUGUACGAGGAAGCGCUGAGACUUCAAAGGAUGUGCAGGGAGCUCCGCGGCAAAGAGGCGUUAUCACGAGCGGUGCGGGCGGCGUUGGAACGCGCGGCGGCGGCGCGGGCGCUGGACGGCCGCGAGCCAGACUUCGCGGAGCUCAUCGACGCGCCGCACAUACUCCCAUCAUCGAAGUUCCAGCUAGCACUCACUCCUCCGGACUUCGCCCAGCACCGCGUGGACGAGCUGUUCCGGCCGCUCGGGCCCAUCGCGGUGUUCUCGGCCAAGCGGCACUGGAGCGCGCCGCGGCUGCUGCAGCUGCAGAAGCAGGACAGGCGAGGAUCCAGAAGAAUACGGAACGGCCGAGACGAAUACACAGAAGACAAAUCAAGAAAGAGCGAGAAACGGGAUAGAUCAGAAGACAAUAGCACGUACUACAACCAAAUAAUCAGAAGCGACGAGAAAUACACAGAAGAAUACGACAAGAAGAAACUGCACAGGGUGAUGAAGCAAAACGGGGUUUAUAUCAACAGUUACAAUAACAAUAAUAAUUACGAGUACCAUCCGAAAGUGCUGGAUUACGAGUCCAAUUCGUAUAGAAAUAAGGUGAAUGAUACCUUCGUUAAGGAGAACGGUGUGAAGAAUGGCGAUGUUAAUGGCAAGCCUACCAAAAAUGGGAGGGAGAGGCGAAAAGGCGACCUGCGUCGGGUGGCCAGCGAAUACAACGUGUCGAACUCGAAGACGGAUGACGAAGGCUUCGGAUUCUCAGUGAGGGGCGACGCGCCCGUCGUCAUAGCAGCCGUGGAGCCCAACUCUUUGGCUGAUAUUGGGGGCAUGCGAGAAGGCGACUUCAUAAUCUCCAUAGGCGAAAAGGACGUCAAGUGGAGCUCCCAUGAAGAGGUGGUGCGACUCAUACAGCAGGCUGGAGACACCCUCACCAUGCGGCUCGCGACGCCCAUGGAUAAGAGCUUGUUGAAGGCGUCCCCAGAGACCCCUCGGCAGUCGAACUCCAACCAGGGUUCCGUAUCAGCAGCGUCGACAGCGUCCAGCGGUUCCACAGCAGUCACCGCGCGCUCUUCGGCGAGACGGGCGCCAUCUUGGAACCCGUUCCGACGUCACACAGCGCGCGACAACAGCUCGCAUCGCGGAUCGCAUACUAGCAACGUCAUUUUCAGAUAAUGUUUUUAGGGAGCUUGUGGAUCGUUUCAUCCACGAAGACGCGCCACCAUUCUUCCGCUAAUGUUCGUGUGUUAUCGGUACACACUAAAUUAUCCAUGAGUGCACACGCACACUAAAAUAAUGACGCUCGGAUUGCUCGGAUCAAACUCCCCGCACCCCGCGUUCUCUCGACCAAAAAUUGGUGGGACGCGUCUUCGUGGAUGAAACGGUUACACAUUGCAGCGGUAUAAACGCGCGUUUUACAGUCACGCGAUUGUAUCAUUGCUUCUAUUUCGCGUGUGUGUAAAGACCAUGUUUAGCGACUGUAUUGAUGCUGCAUCGCGUUUGUAUCGCUGCAAAAAGUCGCAAUGUAAAAGGACCUCUAUCGGUGCACAGUGAGUUAGCAGAGAUGUCGGGCGAAAAAAUUCUUCUAAGGGCUGAUUUAUCAAUCGUCAGAUAUCUAUGUAUUAACUGAAGAAUAAACUUGUCAUUUUGACAUAUUUCCCAUACUGAAACUGUCAAUGUGCCAAACUUAUUCUUCAGUUAAAAGUUAUCCGACGAUUGAAAAAUCGUCGUUUGUCUAGAGACAAACUUUUCCAAUAAACAUGAAUACAGGAUUCUAGCACUGAAAUUUAAUUCAGUUACUUAAUUGAACUAAGUUUCAGUGAUAGAAUUUACUUUACGAACGUUAUCAAGGUAGGCAGUAGGUAAGUACUUACAGAUUUAAAACCACAGAUUUUCAACAAAAAGUCAAGGCAAUGUCUAACAGAGCACAGACAAGCUUUAAAUGCAUGAAUAACAGCAUUUUUUCUAGGCUUGCUUUGUAAAUAAUAUUAAUAAUUUUCUUGACUUGGUCUGUCUUUUUAAUAAUUUUACAAGAAGACAGAUUACAGGACAAGGACGACGUUCUCUGUGCUGUUUGAUUUUCCCGCGUAAAAAGCCGGUGCGCCAUAGACAAGAAUACUUUUUAUUUUGAAAAUUAAGUAAAGUUGUUGCCUACUGCAUUGGGAUUGAGAAGAAAUGUUAUUGAUGACAUAAUAUUCGCCGAAUCGCUUGCAUCUCAGCUUAAAGUAAAUGUGAUGUAGAUACGAAUCUUUACAUAGAUAGCUAAUAGAUAGACUGCCUUUAUCCGUAGUAUUUAGGUAAGAACACUAUCUUUUAUUAACGAAAUCUCACCAUCACGUUAUCAAUCACUGUGCAUACGUUAAAAAUAUAUUCCCGCCAGCUUUCAACAGAUGGCGUUAGUCAUACGAUAGCCAUUGUGCAUUGUUUUUAUUUUAAUACUUACAGCGCCAUCUGUUAUCUAGAUUGCGUAUUUGUGUUAAAGAUUAAAUCCCAAACACGUUAUAGAUUAUAUUCCGUCUCUAUUUAGUAUUAAACUGCUGAAAGUGUGAAAAAGAUCAUGAUUCCACAACAAGGAAAACGUUUUUGUUAUUAAAAAGUAAAAUUAAGAAAAUAAUUUGGAUUAAAACGAUUUUUUCAUGUCGUGGAGUCUGAACAGAAGCUGUGCUCUGGCAUACGCAACUAUUAUAUAUUUAGGUUCCUAAAUAUAUAUUUAGAUUAUGGGGACCUAAUCUCGGCUAUGAUGUUCCAAAGGGUUAUAAUAUAUCUUAUCUAUAUCUUUAUUGUUACUGUUUUUAAGUUUAUCUCUCUUUUUUCGUUGCAAAGUUAAUAAUAUAUCUUGGAGCACGUACUUAAUACCUUAGGUUUACUUGUAAAAAAUACCUUUCAUUAUUUCCGUAGAAAUUAAGUUAUUUUAAUGAAUUAUAUCUAAUGAUGUUACGGCCAUUCCUUAUUUUUCUCAUGUAAUUCCCUUUAACUACACUAGAACUAUUGUUUGUUUAUAUUAAGAAAGACAUACAUUUUAAUAAAUUACUUCGUCUCUUACAUACCUAUGCAUAUAACUAUAAAAAAAAAACUCCUCAUCUUUGCCUGCUUUCCAUAAUCAAACCCAAUCCAAAUCCGUCAACUUUCAAAUUGCAAUCUGUUUUUGGUCAAAAUAUCCACAUUUUCAAUGCUUUUACAUUUUCAUAUAGUUUUUACGACUAUGUAAGUCGAUGAAGCACAUGAUGUCGUACCCUGAGUGUCCGAGCAACUGCACUCAGGAUUUAAUGAAUGCUGCUGACAACGCCACUCUUGUAUCGGAGUUUUGGGCUGACACUGUGUAGGUUUUUUGUCGACACUUUAAGAAGAAGAAGAAUGUAAGUGUAAGUAAAAGCAUCGAAAAUUGUGGAUAUUUGAUCGAAAACGGAUUGGAAUUGCCAGUUGAUGACGGAUUUUGAUUAGGAUUAAUUAUGGCAAGCGGGCAAUAACGUUCUUGUGAUGGUAAACGAUGCAACCAUUGCUUUCAUAUCUUUUCUCCACACUUACUUGGUUUACGGAGACUGUCGCUUCUUUAUUUAAUUUUAAAAGACGUGCACAGUUAUGUUUUGUUUGAAGGGUUGGUUUUAUUUCACUAUUUUUUAUUUUAUAAACGAGGCAGGUUCUUCAACAUAUCAUUUUAUUAUUAUAGUAAAUAUCUACUAAACACAAUCGCUAGCAUUAUUAACUAAAGACUAAAAAUAAUGCUUAAAACCACAAUUUAGUUUGGUUGUUGUAUUGGAGAUAGUACGUAUUUAUGUUUUUGUAUAUGAGUUUCGAUGUCACAAUAUAUUCAAUUAUUAUACGAAAUUGUCAUGAACUGGUUGCGAUUGAAUAAAAAAGCUAUCGAUCCUUUUUUAAAUUGAUUGAUCGCAACCAAAAAACGAUUAUAGUUUGUAGGUUAAUUGAAUACUUAUAACUGGAAAUUGUAAAAAGUAAAUAAGAGUGAAUAAAAUUAAAAGAGUGUAU